AUGUUGCCUCCACGCAGAGCAGGCGCCCUGCCGGAGCCCUCCCCCUCCGCCUCUCCCUCUCCCAGCCUGAGGAGGGUCCAUGUUCGAUGGGCCUCGUACCUCUCCCUCUCCCUGGCCCUCCUCUGGUUCCCUUCUGGAGCACUAGCCUCAACCCUCAACUGCCACAAGACCUGCAUCUGUGCCAGUAACAUCCUGAGCUGUUCCAAGAUGAACCUGACCACGGUGCCCACUGGCCUGCCUCUCUACACGGCCGUCCUGGACCUCAGCUACAACCACAUCGCCCGGCUGAGGGCUGAGUGGACCACGGUGAAACUCACCAAACUCCGCAACCUCUUGCUCAGUCACAACGGCCUUCACUUCCUCUCCACCGAGGCCUUCCUCUACGUGAAACACCUGUGCUACCUGGACCUGUCCUCCAACAACCUGCGACAGCUGGACGAGUUCAUCUUCGAGCCGCUGGGGCAGCUGGAGGUGAGAGACAGAGGGAGAGAGAGAGAGCGAGAAGGAGAGAGAGACAGAGAGAGAGAAAGACUGAGAAAGAGAGAGACAGAGAGAGACAGAGAGAGCGAGAGAGAGAGAGAGAGGGAGAUUGAGAGAGACAGAGACAAAGUAAGAGAGAGAGAGAUUUUUAACAAUGUACAUAGCCAUAAUAUGACAUUUGAAAUGUGUCUAUUCCUUUGAAACUUGUGAGUGUAAUGUUUACUGUUCAUUUUUGAUUGUUUAUUUCACUUUUGUUUAUCUAUUUCACUUACUUUGGCAAUGUAAACAUGUUUCCCAUGCCAAUAAAGCCCAUUGAAUUGAGAGAGGAGAGAGAGAGAUAAAGAGAGAGAGAGAGAGAGAGAGAGAGAGAGAGAGAGAGAGAGAGAGAGAGAGAGAGAUGAGAGACGCAGUAGAGAGAUAUAGAGAUCUUCUAGAUCUAUACGCUCUCUCUCUCUCGAGCUCUCGGCUACUCUGAUAUCUCUCUAUCUCUCUCUCCUCAUCUUCUCUGUUCUCUCUUUCUUGUCUGCUUUCCUGCGUGUUUCUUUGUUGGUAAAAGAGAGACAGACAAUGGUUUUAAUUUACAAUACGUCUCAUUACAUAUUAUCAAUAACAAUAAUUGGCUAAAUUAUUUGAUACAAUGUACUGUUUCAUUGUUAAAAUGUCACACACAUGAACUGGUAUUAGCAAGCAAUAACACAUUUCAGGUUUAAAAUACACAUGGUUCAUUUCUCCAUAUUCCCAGGUGCUGUUGCUGUACAACAACCGUAUCUCUCAGAUCGACCGCUCGGCUUUCCAAGGCCUCCACAGCCUGCAGAAACUCUACCUGUCCCAGAACAUGAUCUCACGCUUCCCCCUGGAACUGGUCAAAGACAAGACCAGCCUGGAGAGACUCAGCCUGAUGGACGUCUCCUCCAACAGGAUCAAGGUAUAAGACUGUGCGUGUGUCUGUUUUUUAUACCUUUGUUUUGGUUACUUGACCUAACCAUGAUGUUGACCUAACCAUGAUGUUGACCUAACCAUGAUGUUGACCUAACCAUGAUGUUGACCUGACCAUGAUGUUGACCUAACCAUGAUGUUGACCUAACCAUGAUGUUGACCUAACCAUGAUGUUGACCUAACCAUGAUGUUGACCUAACCAUGAUGUUGACCUAACCAUGAUGUUGACCUGACCAUGAUGUUGACCUAACCAUGAUGUUGACCUAACCAUGAUGUUGACCUAACCAUGAUGUUGACCUAACCAUGAUGUUGACCUAACCAUGAUGUUGACCUAACCAUGAUGUUGACCUUGCAGCCUGCAGUGUGUUUUACUACAGCACUCUUAUGACUUUAGGAUUUUAUUUUUGUGCCUGUGAGGUGUGAAACACCUUGAGAUGUAACCUUAUUCUAAAGUGUGGUGUGCAAAUAAAAUAUAUUAUUACUAUUAUUUAUUAUUAUUAUUAUUAUUAUUAUUAUUAUUAUUAUUAUCAGGUCCCCCCCAUGCAUGCAAACGUAAUAGUUUCUCAUAAUGUGUGUAUUCGUCUUCUUAUUAGGCCCCUCCCAUCGAGGAGCUGCAGGUGCUGCCUGCCUGGAUAAAGAACGGCCUCUACUUCCACAACAACCCUCUGAUCUGUGGCUGUGGUCUUUAUAGUCUCCUGGCCCAUUGGCACAUCCGCCGGCUCAACUCAGCCCUGGACUUUAAAGACGAGUACACCUGCUAUCUCCCCGGGCCCCAGAAAGGCAGGGUGGGUGUGUUGGAUCUGAACAGAGACCAUAUGAACUGUAGCACGUUCCGCGAGGCGGACGAGGAGGCAUGGCUGGAACAGACGCUGAUCCUGCGCUGUGAUACUAAACACAGGGACCUGUCUAAGACCUGGGUGACGCCUGGUAAUGUGGUGGUGACAGAGGGGGCGAAUCAGACAGCCAAGGUGCUUCCUGACGGCAGUCUCCAGAUCAGCCCGGUGAAGCUGGAGGAUUCUGGGACGUACACGUGCCACGCUGUGAGCGAAGCCCUCAACGAGACGUUCUACGUGAUGGUCAAGGUGUUUGCUGUUCUGUAAUGUGUUUGCUGUUCUGUAAGGUGUUUGCUGUUCUGUAAGGUGUUUGCUGUUCUGUAAGGUGUUUGCUGUUCUGUAAUGUGUUUGCUGUUCUGUAAUGUGUUUGCUGUUCUGUAAGGUGUUUGCUGUUCUGUAAUGUGUUUGCUGUUCUAUAAGGUGUUUGCUGUUCUGUAAGGUGUUUGCUGUUCUGUAAGGUGUUUGCUGUUCUGUAAUGUGUUUGCUGUUCUAUAAGGUGUUUGCUGUUCUGUAAGGUGUUUGCUGUUCUGUAAGGUGUUUGCUGUUCUGUAAGGUGUUUGCUGUUCUGUAAGGUGUUUGCUGUUCUGUAAUGUGUUUGCUGUGUGUUGUGACGUUGUAUGUACAGUAAUCCUGUGACAUCUUUAUUUCCCCUCGGGGAUCAAUAAAGGUAAAUUCAAUUAAAAUUCAACUCAAACCUGUUCUAUUCUAUUCAAUUCAAUUCGCGUUUCUGCAAAAUUACCCAAAUCUAAAUUAAAUUAAACUCCAUUCCUAUCAAUUCCUAAAGGUGCAUAACUUCACGGAGAAGGGAAACGGCGAAGCCCUGAACACGGCCUACACCACGCUGGUGGGCUGCCUGAGCAGCGUGGUCCUAGUGCUCAUCUACCUGUACCUGACCCCCUGCCGAUGCUUCUGCUGCCCCAAGAACAACCACCAGGACUCCAUCCACUCCUCCAUGCUCAGCGCCGCGCCCAGCCAUGAGGACCUGGCCAACAACACUGACCCAAGGCACGUGGCCUUCAUCGACCCCAAGGAGCUGGGACAGGGGCUGAACGGGAAGGUGAACCCCAGCGAUGGAACAGGGGACCAGGGAGAGAUGGAUGAGGAGGGAGGGUUACUGAGGAAGGGAAGGAGGAAGAAGUCUGUGGCUGAGUCUAUUUGUUCAGUCUUCUCUGACACCCCAUAGUGGUCUGAGAUGGUACGGACCGGAGAUCUAGGUGUACGCUGUGACGUGAUUAGAUGGAUCAGUGAAGUACGUGGUGUGAUUGGAUGAAACUGUGUAUACUUCCUGAAGGUGGGAACUUGGACAAAAAGCCAAUCACAGUUCACCAAACUGACCAAUCAGAAGCUUCAGGAGAGUGUUAAACACAUUGCCUUGGUAUCAACAAGGACAAUUAACAAUAGACAGGACCGUUCCAGCAUUGAAUUUGUAGCACUUAAAUAUACAUAAAUACUGUGAAAGCCUGACAGCGGAGUGUAAGAGGACAC